GCACUAUAAAAGCGGCGCCGAGUGGCGUCCAAACGUCACAUCACCUCUCCGGGUUCUUCAGUGAGCAUCUACGGUUGAGAGAAGCAAAACUUGUCUUGUGGUUAUUUUGAGUGGAAAUUUUUUUUUCCUUCCUCGCGAAAAAAAUGAUCAAGUCUUUGGCAGCGUUUCUGUUGGUGGCAGCAGUGUGCCACGCGGCGCCCGACAAGCGCCCGCAGCAGUACAGACCGGCGCCACAGCCGCAGCAGUACGCGGCGCCCAAGCCGCGCUACCAGCAACCCGCGCAGGCCGCCUACGUCGCCGCCCCACAGGAAAACAACUACGGAUACGCCCCAGCCCCGUCAUCCUACAACAAGAAGCCCGUUGCCAUCCUGUCCCAGGACUUCAAGCUCGACGAUUACGGCUACAAAUACAACUAUGAGAGCGAGGACUACCAGAAGAAGGAAGAAGUUGGCAAGAUCAUCCCGGGAACCAAGAAGCAGACCAACUACGGUUACGAAGAGGAUGACGGUUCCCUCCAAGUCCAGGGCUCCUUCUCUUACAACGCUCCAGAUGGCACCCCAAUCUCCUUGAACUAUGAGGCUGACGAGAACGGUUUCCGUCCGUAUGGUGCCCACCUCCCCACCGCCCCACCACUUCCUGAGGCUCUUGUCCAAGCCAUCCAAGAACACCAACAGGCCGUUGCCGCUUUGUCACAAAAAUCCUACGCCCAGGCACCACAGGAGUACCAGCCCGCUGCCAGCUACCAGCGCCCGCAGUACUCCCGCUACCAGCAAUAAAAACUCCUCAGGUCUAAUACACCGUUGUCGCCCACAGCAACCAGCAUCAGUAAAGGUGCGCAUGGUGUGCUUGCAGACCAUCCGCGCGCGCUCCUGAAGCGAAACUCCUGAAUCGUGUUCCCUGGGUUUAUAUAGUUUCAGAAACUCGUGUCCGUGUAUUUAUCGUGUUUUUAUCUUGAAACCGAACAAAAUGGUUCGUUCCGUGUUUUCAUCAUGUACGCGGCCAAGCCAAGCUUCGCAUGGAACUGAUUUUGUUACCUAGUCUGUCCCCGACAGAUGACCCCCGUUUGAAUGUGCGUCGGAUCUCAACCUCAGAAUUGAAACAAGUAUCCCUGUAUACAACCAUCGCAUUUUUCCCCCCAAUACGCGUGUUAGGCUUCAUCUGCUGGUUACAUGGGAAAGCAGUUUCCACUCAGAAAACAGUGAAUGGCGUUUGCUAUAUCCCACACUUGUGCUCAUUUAUGUACACGUAUAUUCACUUGUAUCACUGUCUAGAUGUAUUUGUGAUGAACGGGACUCUGUGGCGGCGAUCGGGAAACGAAGCAAUAAAUUAUUGCGAAUGCUUUUGCUCGUAAAAAAAAGA